AAUUGGCCCAGUUGGGAGCGCGCGCCGGCGCGGCGGGAUUACUUUCCUCUCUCUCUCUCUCUCUCUCUCUGGCGGAGGAGGAAGAGAAGGGGCAGCGGCGGCAGCAGCAGCAGCAGCAGCUGGAGGAGUCGCCCCUGGAGGGAGGGAGGGAGGGAGAGGGGUGGGCGCUUAUGUCUGAGUGAGCGGCUGGAGAGAGGAACUCCCCCUCUGCCCACCCCCACCCGCCCCUCCCUGAAGGACUGACACGAAGCUGGGGAGCCAGAGACCCUCGCCUCCGCGCAGAAUCUAAGAUGUCCACUGAAGGGCAAAGAGUUGAUGAUAGUCCAAGCACUAGCGGAGGCAGCUCUGAUGGAGAUCAGCGAGAAAGUGUUCAACAAGAUCAAGAAAGAGAACAGGUUCAGCCCAAGAAGAAGGAGGGCAAAAUCUCUAGCAAAACAGCUGCUAAACUUUCAACUAGUGCAAAAAGAAUUCAGAAAGAACUUGCAGAAAUUACAUUAGACCCUCCUCCAAACUGUAGGGAGGAAAGCAUCUGCUUGUGUGAAGAUCAAAUAGACAUGCACAUGGCUCCCUUCUGA